AUGAUGUUUUGUUAUUGAGUGUGUCUGUGUGUUUGUUCGGGUGAUCCUCGCGCAGCAGCUCGCACGUUUGGAUAGACUAUUUGCCGUGGCAGAACCAUGUCGGCACUGCUCCUCUUCAAAGAUUGCCAGCGGGAGCGAUAAGGGGUGAUCUGGACAGCGCGGGAAAUCUGUCCGCAUUCCGUAUCGUGACUUUGGGAUUACUGAUCUGCGCGAAAACCUGCCAUGAUUCUGCUGAACAUUAUCAGCUUGCUGUUUCUAUUUGACAUGAGUGCGUGUUUGUCGGAGCUGGGAGCCCCCGGUUGGAGGGAGCCCCUGGACUGCGUUCGCGCGUCUGAACUCUGUAACCAGAACAGCCAGUGCAGCUCUCGCUACCGUAUCAUGCGUCAGUGUCUGUCUGGUAGGGACCAGGAGCGCAGUACCAUGCUGGCCUCCAGGGAGUGCCAGGGGGCGCUGGAGGUCCUGCAGGACUCGCCGCUCUACGACUGCCGCUGCAAGAGAGGCAUGAAGAAGGAGCUCCAGUGUCUGCAGAACUACUGGAGUAUUCACAUGGGCCUGACCGAGGGUGAGGAGUUUUACGAGACGUCUCCCUACGAGCCAAUCCGCUUCUCCGAUGAGUUCAGACACGCCUCCAUCAUCUCAGACUCGUCUCUGUCCAAGACCAGCCCCUGCUCGGAGGUGGGGAGACCCUGUAACCCGUGUCUGGACGCAGCCAAGGCCUGUAACCUCAACGACACGUGUAAACGCCAACGCUCCGCCUACAUCGCCAUCUGCAACAAAGCCACGCCCCCCCAGCCGUCGCUGGCCAAUCAGGAACCCUGCAGCCGAAAGCGAUGUCACAAGGCUCUUCGUCAAUUCUUCGAGCGCGUGUCGUGGGAGCUGAGCUACCCUCUGCUGUUCUGCUCGUGCGGCGACCAGGCGUGCGCCGAGCGCCGCAGGCAGACCAUCGUCCCCGCCUGCUCCCACCAGGAGAGACACAAGCCCACCUGCCUGGAGCUGAGGCACACCUGUCGCUCCGACGCGCUCUGCAGGUAG